ACUUCUCUUCUUCCCUCAAAUAUGCAGCAUUGACAGCAUUGAAGGCCUGCUAAAUUUGUCAUUCCGGAAAAAAUCUAACCAACAAGUAUACAAUAGAGAUACACCUUUGCCAUAUUUCCUCUCACCUUGACUUUCGAAAAAAAAAGAGACAACACACUUUUUUCCCGACAAACAGGAUUUCGUUGAACAGUUAUCGGCAUAAAAUGAUAUAACACCACUACUCCCACAAAGAAGUAGAGUGCUUGAAUUCCGGUUUACAACAUUUAUUGUAGUAGGGAGUCCUGUCGUCAUGAUUUAUUGAAUAAAAACUGCACGAUAACUCGUUUUCGCUUCAUUGUAUUGUCCCAUUGCCAUCUUGGUUCGUUGAGGGAUAAGGAGACAUCUUCUGACUGACCAUAUCAUGGCAUCUCUAUCGAAAUCGAAGUCCAUUUCGAAGAAGCAAUCUACACCCGUAGCCACUGCCAGCGCCGAGCUCGACUACGAUAGCUGGGAUGACAGCUGGGGUGAUGAUGACGGUGAAAUAAGCGACUGGGACGAUGAUGAUGACUGGGAUCUUAAUGACGACAUCAAGAUCUCCACGCCCAGUAGGGCAAAAUCGCUCAAGAAACAGAAGCAGAAGAAAUCUAUAGCCCAGGUCGCCAGGACAGGUCAACUGGCAGAGCUACAGCAACUGUUGAAGGACAUGGACCCAGAUGACCAGGUCAACGCCGUGUUGGAACACGAUGCAAAAAACUACAGUGCACUCCAUUACGCCUCCCACACCGACAACCUCGAGAUGGUGAAGGUGUUGGUACAACUUGGGGCAGACGUCGAUGAUGUCGGCGAAGCUGAACGUCGUCCCCUUCAUUUAGCUGCUGCUGCAAAGAAAGACCAGGCGAAGGUCGAAGUUGCAAAGAGGAUGUCAAAAAUCACACAGGCCGAGGAAGGCGUUAUCAAAUUCUUGCUAUCGAAAAAUGCAGACGUGAAUGCCGAAGAUAGCAGAGGGCGCACUCCGCUUCAUAUCGCCACGUUACAAGGCAACACAGAAGCUGUACAUCAGCUUCUGUCCAAUAGUGACAUUGAACUCAAUAUUGCAGAUAAUCGCAGUGCGACUCCACUCUUGUUGGCUUGCCUCCACGGGAGGAGCGACAUUGCCAGUCUUCUGAUCAACAAGGGGGCCGACUUCACGGUGUAUGAUGAUAAUGGUAAUACCCCGCUCCACAUCUCCUUCAAAGAAGAAAACAAAAGAAUAGCUAAGAGAAUCAUCGAAAAGGCAAAGGAAACUGGUAAAUUAAAAGACAUAUUAAGCGAGUUGAACAGUGAUUGUGUUGCACCGAUUCAUCUAGCGGUCAGAGGUGGUCACAAAGAAUUGGUUCAGUUUUCCCUUGAACACGUGUUAAAGGCCGAUAAGACAGAUGGUAAAGACGAAAAAGACAACGACAGCGACGAUGAUGACGAGGAAGAUGUGAUCAACUACGGAGGUGGGGAGAAUGACGACACGCCCCUUCACGAGGCUUGCUUUGCGGGACAUUUGGACAUGGCAAAGAUGCUACUGGAAAAGGGCGCCAAAGUCAACCUCACGAAUUGGAACAGCGAAACGCCUCUUCAUCACGCCUGCAUGGAAAACCACCAGCUAGUGGCGGAGUACCUAGUAGAAAAUGGUGCUGAUUUGAACUCCAAGGAUGACGAAGAUCUAACACCGCUUCAGGUUGCAGCCAACCAUAGCAGUUUCGACACCAUCAUUGGUGUUCUUGAUCGUAAUCGCAAUCUGAACACGACUGCUGCGAGUGAUGAUCAGGACGCUGCAUCGGAGCUACUCAAAUGGGCUGCUGCUGAAAACAAAGCAAACACAUUACAGCUUCUUUUGCACCACGGGUCUAAGAUCCACGGUGUCAAUGAUGACGAGAUUGCUGAACUAAUUUUUGACGCCGCCAAAAAGGGACACACAGAGACGGUGGCAACAUUGAUUCGAUGGAAGAGGAACGAUGUUGUUAGCAAGUGUGAUGAGAUUGGUAAUUCUCCGCUCCACUACGCCUCCGAGGCUGGUCAUGAUAUCACAGUCCAAGAGCUCAUAAAGGCUAAGGCUGACGUCAACGAUUGCAACUAUGAUGACGCACAGGAGCGUACUCCGUUACACCUUGCUGCGGCUAAUGGGUGGAUACGGACAGCCAAACAACUAUUGAGGGCCAAGGCACGGGUCAAUGAAAAAGAUAUGUAUGAGAUUACACCACUACAUCUAGCAUGUAAGAACGGUCAUAUCGAUAUGGUAAAGCUCCUUGUUUAUGAGGCUGAAGCUGACAUUGUACUACGUGAUAAGCAGGGCCUCAACUGCCUUGACUAUGCGAUCGACAAUGGACAUAAGAACAUCGCUAAUUUGAUAUUAAGUCAUGAUAAAUGGCGGGAAGUAAUGUCUGUGUCUAGCCUUGAUGAUGAUACGUACGAGAGGACCACACCAAUGAGAAAACUCAUCAAAAAUAUGCCUGAUGUUGCCGAACGAGUCAUGGAUAAGUGUGUGAAGGUAUCCCCCGAUGCAGGACCAACAGACAGUACCUUCUGGGUUGAGUUUGACUAUGAGUUUCUUGAGGAUUCCUUCUCCCACUGGGAUAGGCCCAGAGAUUCUGAUGAUGAGAAUGAUGAUAACGACGACGACGACGAUGAUGAUGAAGAGCAGGAGGAUGAAAAUUUAAAAGAUGACGAUGAUGACAACGAUGGCGAAGAUGAUAUGAAUGAAACUUCAUUCAGCAACAAAUUAAACGGAAAACCUGCGUCGGAGACUGACAUACAUGUAACGGUGAAAGAAAAUACUGACAAAUCUAAGUCUAAGAAGAUCCAUGAUCCUCCACCGGCACCAUCCGGUGACCAGUACGAUGAUCUUGGACAUUUGAUGAAGAGCGCGAGACCGUAUACAACCAGUUCAAAAGACAUAGCUGCUAACCAUCCUCUUAACAUCAUGGUGACUUCUGAGCGUGCAGAUCUCUUGGGCCAUCCCCUGGUGUCCAGUCUCCUCAGUCAUAAGUGGAGUCGCGUCGGACAGUAUUUUUUCUUGGCCUCUCUUGCUUUCUACCUCCUCUUUGUUGCUAUGCUCACUGGUUACGUCAUUGUAGUCCCACCUAGCUACUACGUGCGAUUCGCAAAUCAGAGUGCAGGGGUGUCUUGGUUCGUCAAUGGUGAACAACGUUGGAUUGGAGGCUUCCACGAAGCAACGCUUUUCUUCUUUGGUCGAAUCGGCGACUGGAUCAUACUAAUCUUGUCAUUGAUCAACUUGCUUCGAGAGGUAUUCCAGUUAGCUGUGCAGAGAAGAUCUUACUUCAGCUUUGGAAACCUAAUCGAGUGGUCUCUUUACAUCCUUGCCAUUCUCCUCGUCCUGCCCCUAAGUGAUGUCCAGUACUUCAUGGGGGUUAGCAUACGAUUGGAUUGGCAGUGGCAGUGCGGUGCUGUGGCGGUCUUUCUCGCAUGGAUCAACCUUAUUCUCUUCAUCCGUCGUUUCUCGGGACUAGGCAUAUACGUCAUCAUGUUCAUAGAUAUUCUUCGGACAUUCAUGAAGUUCGUCCUUAUACUCAUCCUCUUUGUGGUCGCCUUUGCUUUGGCUUUCUACACCCUCCUUAUGAAUCAGCAACCCUUUCACAGCGUCCAGUACUCCUUCGCGAAGACCUUUGUGAUGAUGAUCGGAGAGCUGGACUUUGGAAAUAUCUUCCACAGUCAGAACUACCUCGGUACAGAGAACACCUUGGCUGAUGGUGAAGAGGACUUCUUUCUCAAUUCUGUCUUCUAUGAAGGCAUCACUUAUACCAUCUUUGCUCUGUUCCUCAUCAUCAUGUCAAUCCUGAUCAUGAAUCUCUUGGUUGGUUUGGCUGUUGAUGAUAUACAUGCUAUUCAGAACAAGGCAAAGCUGCAUCGUCUGGCAAUGCAAGUGGAGCUAGUGAUGGAGGUACAGCGAGCCUUACCGAUCUUUAUUUGGCGGUCGGCUGUCAUCAAGUUUAAACGGUUCCACCUCAAUCGGUCGUGUUGCAGUGGACUGCAGAAGUGGUACCGAACAAUGACUGGGGAUCAAAACCUUCUACGACAGGCCAUUGAGGUGUGCAACAAGACAACCACACAGGGCGAGUUCAUGCACGAAGAAGUGAACACUGAUCUACUCUUCGCCAACCUGAAGUAUCGUCUGAAACUCAUCAAUACCAAGGUAGAGAUGGUCAGCGAGAAGGUCAAAGAAGAUAGUUCUAAGAUGACGCAGAUUGGUGGUGAGAUGUCUCAAAUCCACGUGGAGCAGAAACAAAUAAAUGAACGCUUUGAUCUCCUCGAGAAGAAAAUAGAUGCUCUCUUAAAUCACAAUAAAGUGAAAUUGGACGAUGAGUCAAAGAAAUAGUCGAGGUUGGGUACUUUCUUCUUCAGCCAGGGGCCACGGAACGGUUUUGUAAAUGGGGCGGGGGCUGACCAUGCAAAAAAUUAUAAUCAGAUGGUCAUUUUAACGUUUUUUGUACACGGGUGUGGGAAAAAAGUGCGGGGGGCUGAAGCCCCCCCCCCCCUCCCUCGAUCCCGCGGCCCCAGUCAGUUAGGGGAUAUAUAGUUCCCGAAUUUUGUAUCCACUUUACGAUCUGAUCACUAUCAGCAUGGACGUACUGUUGUUGUUUUUGUUUAGUUUCCUUGUUGGGUAUGUUUUUAAGGGUGUUUAAAACUUUAUUUUACGGUUAUUUGGGUUAAAUCAUUGGAAGAAAUUCUAGCGUUAAAAUUUCCAUUGAGUGUUAUUUCAGUGUCUGGCUAAUAUGACCUUGUACACGCUAAAUUUAUUAUAAAUGUAUAUAUCAAUUUUCAAAUCAUGACCAAUGGGAUUAAUGAUGUAACAGGUCAUAUUUUACACAUGGGAAAAACAGAGAGCAUUGUUUAUUCUAAAAGCAGUUCUAAAAAGCCACUUGAAUUUAAGGGGUAGCUAAAUAAUUGGGUACUUCAGAGGAAAAGGGCAAGGUAUUUAGGCAUUGAGCUGACCAGUAAAAUAUCUUUUUCAUAUUUUGUAGAAUCCGUUGUGAAAUGAGCGAUAUAUAUGUGGAUCUCAAGCAAGACGUAUUCUCUGUUUUGCUAUGUGAUCGAAUGAUUUUGCGAAUCUUUCUUUAUUUAAUAGUACAAACGAAAUCUGAUCAAUAUCUGAACUGAACAACAUAAUAAUGGUCAACUGUUCCAGUAAUGAAUACGCAGAGUCUUUAAGUCAACCAAAGAUCAAAAUAAUAACAACACGUACAUUAUACCGAACAAAUCAAUCCUUUAAAUCUGACUUUAAUCUUGUAACUGAUAUAAUUACAAUACAAGAAACAGCCGCUUGAAUUCAAAGUAUAAAGAUUAUAGGGCGUAUUGUAAUCAUGUAUUUUACAUUACCACAAGGAAUUCUCCUCAUAUUGACGUAAAGAACUUGCUAAUUUUAAGAUGAAAUUAAAAUGAUAUUCGUCACUGAAGAUGAAGGGGAGGGAAGUAAAUAGUUUGUAAUAAACUUACAAACCACCUGCUUUUUUCAGCCUACUGAUUUAUAUUGUAAAUAAUAUGAAUGAUAUAUUUUUGUACUUCUCCCUUUUUAUUUUUCCAUAAUCAAUUUUCUUCUUCUUAGGCUAUUACUGUUAAGUGUCCACUUCUCUUCUCCAGCUCUUCCUAAUUCAAUUUAUUUCCUCUUCGUUUUCCUUUUAUUCUACAGUACAACAUCUCAUUGUCCUAGUAAUGAUUAGUAAUAUCAUUUAUCAAAUAAUAAAUAAAA